UUGGGGGAGGUGCUGGAAUAGGAGUUGAUGGGGGUUUGAGUUGGAUGAAGAAGGCGAGAAUCCAUUCCUCUUCCAGUCAGCUCCCCAUCUCGCCCUCUGUCGGCUUCGGACCGCAGCCUGACUUAGUGUGACUACCGGCAUGCUCCAAGGCGGCCAUUGACUGUCCCCACGAAGGGACUGGGAAGCGGGGGUUCCAAAUGGGGGAGGAGGGGACCGAAGGCACCGUACAUCUGCUGUGCCUCGCGGCAUCCAGCGGGGUCCCUCUGUUUUGCAGGAGCAGCCGUGGCGGCGCCCCUGCCCGCCAACAGCUCCCAUUCUCUGUCAUCGGCUCCCUCAAUGGCGUCCACAUGUUUGGGCAGAAUCUCGAGGUGCAGCUGAGCUCUGCGAAGACGGAGGACACAACCGUGGUGUGGAAGAGCUUCCACGACAGCAUCACCCUCAUUGUUCUGUCAUCUGAGGAGGGCACCUCGGAGCUGAGGCUGGAGAGACUACUCCAGAUGGUGUUUGGGGCCAUGGUUCUUCUUGUGGGACUUGAAGAGCUGACCAAUAUCCGCAACGUAGAGAGACUGAAGAAGGAGCUGAGGGCCAGUUACCGCCUCAUCGACAGCUUCCUUGGGGACUCAGAGCUCAUCGGGGACCUGACCCAGUGUGUGGACUGUGUGGUUCCUCCAGAGGGGUCCCUGCUGCAGAUGAAGGAACUCAGGCCCAGGGAGGGUGAGACACAUGAGCAUGGCCACCAGGAAGCCCUCUCUGGGUUCGCGGAGGCUGCGGGCACGGCCUUCGUCAGCCUGGUCGUGUCGGGCCGGGUGGUGGCAGCGACAGAGAGCUGGUGGCGACUGGGGAUGCCGGAAGCCGUGCUGCUCCCCUGGCUGGUGGGAUCCCUGCCGCCGCAGGCCGCUCGCGACUACCCGGUGUACCUGCCUCACGGGAGUCCCACGGUGCCGCACCGGCUUCUGACCCUGACGCUCCUGCCGGGCUUGGAGCUGUGUCUGCUCUGCGGGCCGCGCCCUCCCCUCAGCCAGCUGGAUGCACAGCUUCUGGAGCGCUGGUGGCAGCCACUGCUGGACCCGCUGCGGGCCUGCCUGCCGCUGGGAUCCCGAGCGCUGCCCGCGGGCUUCCCCCUGCACACGGACAUCCUCGGGCUGCUGCUCCUCCACCUGGAACUGAAACGUUGCCUCUUCACGGUGGAGCCCUCGGGGGAUAAAGAACCGUCUUCUGAGCAGCGUCGGCGCCUCUUCCGCUCCUUCUACACCCUGGUCACCGCCACGCACUUUGCACCAGAGCCGGGGCAGCCAGAGGAGAAGGCGGAGGAGGUGGUCCAUCGGGCCCAGGUACCGAGAGCCUGCUACCUGGUGUUGGGGGCUGAGGAGCCAGGCACAGGAUGGCGACUGGUGGCCCUGCAGUUGGGGCCACGGCGGUUGCUGCUGCUGCUGUCUGCUCAGAGCCCCACGCAUGGGCUGCGGGGCCUAGCCACCCACACUCUGCAUGCCCUCACCCCACUCCUCUGACCACUGGGCGUGAGCGCCAGAGACAGACAAGGACAUGGGGCUGUUAGCGUCUCUCUGUUUAUUCGCUCACAAUAAUACACAGCCCCUGGACAGGGAGGGGGCAGGAGGGGCUACGACAGGGUGGGGUGGGAGGGGAGGAGGUUCCCACUUCCCUGGCCCCUCUCCCCUCUGUGCUUUGGGGGGGAAAGGGAGGGAGGGGGCUCCCCCUUACCCCCCAGAAUGUAAACAGCAGCAGAUGAACAAAAAUAAAAAUACAAAAGGCUGGAGAAA